UGCGGGAUCCUCCCCGCCGCGCCGGGCGCUGGGCACUCACCUGCGGCAGUCUCAAACCAUGAACUUUGUGGGGCAGCUGGCUGAGAGUGUCCUUGUCACAGUGAAGGGGCUGUACCAGGAUUUGAACCCUGCCACCCUGUCAGGCUGCAUCGAUGUGGUCGUGGUGAGGCAGCCCGACAACUCCUUCAAGUGCUCCCCGUUCCACGUGCGCUUUGGGAAGCUGGGAGUGCUGCACUCCAAGGAGAAGGUGGUUGACAUUGAAAUCAACGGAGAGCCUGUGGAUCUGCACAUGAAGCUGGGAGACAAUGGAGAGGCCUUCUUUGUCGAGGAGUCAGAGGAACAUGAGGGCAGCAUCCCGUUCUUCCUCCGCACACCCCCCAUCUGCGAGGAGCAGAGCCCAAAGGAUGCUGUUCAACCUUCCACCAGUGCCGGCGUGGUCCUACACAAGAGGAGGCGGCGCAAGAGAAGGCCCAGGAAGAGUGAGGUGUUGGACUCGGAUUCUGACAGCUGUGAUGAGACCAAAAGUGAGGUGACCAUAAAGGAGCCACACAAGCUGCCAGCCCCAAGUGACGCAGCAUGUUCAUCCUUUGCUGAUCCCCUUGAAGAAACUGGGUCGUUGCAGCCCCAAGAGAUACGCCCGUACUCUGAUGGGGAGCUGCUCAAAGGGGACAGCUUCAUGCUGAGCCAUCAAUCUUCCCCCAAAAGUGAUUCUGAACUGGAGAUCAAACGACAGGAAAGUUUUCCUCUAGGGGCUGAAUCCCUCUUGAAGUGGACCUGGGGAAUGCUCCCUCAGGUGAAUAAAUUGGUACAAGUUAAACCAGCCAAGUCCACAAAGAGCAUUGAUACUGCAGCGACCACCAGCUCUGUGACACUGGUUCCAGAGGAUGAUGAAACCCCUCUUGUUGCCACCUCUGAACCUCCAGAAGGGGAUUCAAGCCCAACAGGUCCUCAGGGCAUACCCCCUUCUUUGCCUGUGCCUGUAACUGAGCCAACACUUGCACCCCAGGCUGAAAACAGUAUCUCCAGGCUGAAGGACAUCCUCCAUGCUGUCAGGGCAAAGAGAUUUUUGGGGGCCUCCUCAGUCCCACAAGAGAAACAGAUGGGAGAUGUGACUGUUGUGCCAGAGGCUCAGCCAGAUGUGGAGCCCUUUGAGGGAGCCACUGCUCCAAGGCAGGGAGGCUCAGAAGGCCCCACAUCCCAGCUGGAGAGGCAGAGGAGGCAAGGAUCCAUCAAAAGAAGUCUUCACUUGGGUCCCAGUGCCAUUUACCUGGAAGACUUCUCUGAGCUGGACAAGAAGCCAGUGGCUCUCUAUUUCCCCAAGAGUGACACAGAGCAGAGUUCAAGGCCUGUGACAGACCGCAGUAACCCUCUGUGUAUGCAGCUGCCAUCCACCUUGCCUGCCAACAGCCCCAUGGGCUCUGACUCGAUGCCCACAGUUGCCCUGUCACUGUGUGGGGGCCUCAGGGGCAACAGGCAGAUCUCUCACGAGAAGUUCAUGGAACACAUUGUUUCCUACCGGCAGUUUGCUGAGAAUCCAAGGCUCAUCAAUGACCCAAACCUGGUGAUAAUGAUCAACAAGAAGUAUUACAACUGGGCUGUGGCUGGUCCCAUAGUCCUGGCCCUGCAGGCUUUCCAGAGGUAUAUUCCUGAGAGCAUCAUUGACGAAUUGGUGAAGGAGAAGACGCCCAAGAAAGACAGAAGGUUUUGGUUCUCCUGGAGGAGGAGAGAAUUCCUGACAGAGGGGCAGCAGCCGAGGUCAGGGAAAGCCAGCAUGGGAGCACUGUGGCGAAGAGGAGUUUGGCACAGGCAGGAGGAAAAGGAGUCUUCCAGUGACAAUGAGCCCCAGCACCCUGGGGACAUGUUGGCAAUGGGGGGCCCUUCUCAGAAACAUCUGUCAACCUGCAAGAUAGGGCAGGAGGAAAAGGAGUCAUCCAGUGACAGUCCGUUCCUGCAAUCUGGAGACAUAUUGACAAUGAAAGCCCCUGCUCAGAAACUUCUUCCAGCCUAUAAGAAAUCCCUGCGGCUCUCCUCUGAACAAAUUGGAAGGUUGAAUCUGCAGGAUGGCCCAAAUGAGGUGGCAUUCAGUGUGACAACCCAGUACCAGGGCACGUGUCGCUGUGAGGCCACUAUCUACCUGUGGAACUGGAACGAGAAAGUGGUGAUCUCAGACAUCGAUGGCACCAUCACUAAAUCAGAUACUCUUGGACAGAUCUUGCCACAGCUGGGUAAAGAUUGGACUCACCGUGGGAUUGUUAAACUCUUCCACAAAAUCCACCUGAAUGGCUACAAGUUCCUCUACUGCUCGGCCAGGGCUAUUGGCAUGGCCCACAUCACCAAAGGCUACCUCAAAUGGGUCAAUGAGCAAGGCUUUGGCCUCCCCAUGGGCCCCAUGCUGCUUUCCCCCAGUAGUCUCAUGUCUGCCUUCCACAGGGAGGUGAUUGAGAAGAAGCCAGAGGUGUUCAAGGUCACCUGCUUGUCAGACAUCCGAAAACUGUUUGCUACAAAGUGUCCCUUCUAUGCUGGCUUUGGGAACAGGCCCAAUGAUGUCUAUGCUUACAAGCAAGUGGGGCUGCCAGAGAGCCGCAUAUUCACAGUAAACCCCAAGGGAGAGCUGAUCCGGGAGCUCACAAAGAACCAAAAGUCAACGUAUGAGCGGCUGUCAGAGCUGGUGGAGGUCUUCUUCCCUCCUGUGGGACACAGGGGGAGCACUAGUCUGUACAGCCCCUUUGCCUGCUGGAGACCUCCACUGCCUGAUACUGACUUGGAUGGCUUGCCCUAACCCCAUCCCUGUGGAGAUCUGACCCAGAGCUCUCCUGCAUGUUCUUUGCCAGGAUUAAAUGCUCCGGGUGCACUUCAUCCCUCCUGUUUGCUGCUUGGGCAUUUUGCACUUGUAAUAGAGGUCAUGACACCCCUUAGCAGGGAACCAAAGGGGGUAAGAGAGAGCUCUGACUCUACAAAAACUCCAGUUGCUAAACUCAACAGAAAUUUAUGUAUUCCUGAAAUUCCUGAAAGCUGGGUCUCUUCCUGUGGUUGUAGCUCCUCUAAAGCCUGGCUCUUUUUUAAAGGUGGUGGUGGUUGUUCACUGUUGUAUUUAUUAUUUAGCUGUUACUACCUCUGGUACAACCAGUGUUCCAGACAGUCCAGCUACUGGCAGUUUGGUAGCUGAAACUGCCCACCAACUUGUAAAGGUCAAGGGAAGAUGCUGGGAUUUUGAGUGUUCUGAACUAAAAGCAAUAAUAAACUAUUUAUUAUUGCUUUUAAUCCAGGCUGCACUUGUCCGCUCUAGCCCUGUGCAUUAAAAGUGGGAGCCAGGCUCCAAGUCCUUCAAAAAUAUGAUUUGGCUUAUUCUCCUCAACCAUCCUACCAAGUGGGUCCUUGGCGUGAUGGGACCAGCUUCUAGAAAAUGGCUUUUUUCCUAUUUUUUUCCUAAUUACUACAUUUAGCUAAGGUGGCGAAAUUAAUUUAAAACAGAAAACAAAACCAGGCUUAUCCUGUAUGUACAUGGGGCUGAAUGGGCAGGCCAUAGGCCCCUGUGCUGAGGCUCACUCUGGGCUGGCUCCAGCCCCUUGGGGUGGCCAGGAGCAGGGGGUGCCUGCAGUCCAGCAUGGCCUCAGUAGCACCAGGGACACCCAGGGAAGAGCCCUGGAUGAGGCUCUGCAGGACCAUGCAGGAGCCCGCAGGGAUUUGCCUCUACAUUUACCACGUGUGUCCAAAGAUACUGCAAGAAGGGUGUGACCUGUCAGUGGGACCCCUGUGUGCAUAAGUAGCCCCAGAGUGGCCUUGCCAACAGCCCCAGGGACCUCCAGCCACAGGCACCCAGAACAGCUGGAACCCACCACCCUGCAAAUGCUCCCUGUGCCCAAAGCAAAUGCAAAUAAGAGCUGGAGUGUAAAAAAUUAAUAUUGUUUAUUUACAGAAGAGCAGCAACAAAAAUAAACUACCUAAUGUAUUUUCAAUGUAAGAACUU